AAAAUGGUCAGAGAAUAUCGCCAUCUCUAUUGCACAGUUUCAGUGCUUCUAGCAGGAAAUGUACAGUGUGUGACAAUUCAGCCCGGUAGCAGCUUUCCAACAGAAAUGGAGACCCUGGAUCUGCUGAGGAACUGUUUGGUGUGCAAAUGGGACCUGAGUAGGAGAGACCCCAGAAUGCUGCCUUGCCUUCAUUCCUUCUGUAAGGACUGUCUUCCGGAUUUGAUUCAAGGAUACAGCUACAUUCCCACUCAGUAUGAAGUUCUGUAUGAAGGUAUCCUUUCCUGUCCUGUGUGCAAACAGACCUGCUUUGCGAGGGAUGUAGUUGAGAAUUUCUUCCUCAAGGACUUUCCAACUGGUGAUUCAGCUAUGGCAAAGAGCUGCUCCAUGUGUAAAGAGAAGAGACCUGCUCACAGUCUCUGUACCAGAUGCAAUAAGUGGCUGUGCAGCUCAUGCACAGAGGAGCACAGACAUGGCAAGGAAACUGGAGACCGCUUCCUGCCUGUAUCCCUGAAAGGCUGCACAGCAGCUGAAGAUGAAGAAAGUGAGAUUCCCUUAUUUUGUCCAGUGCACACUCAAGAGCCACUCAAGCUGUUCUGUGAGACCUGUGACACCCUUACCUGCCGCAGCUGCCUUCUGGCAGAGCACAAGGAACACAGGUUCAGACAUCUUGACGAAGCUCUGCAAAACCAGAGAGUUAUUCUGGAAAAUGUCGUAACUAAAGUGGAAGAGAAAAAAAAUGGGAUUCAGGUUUCAGCUAAACAGAUUGAAGACAGGUUGCUUGAAGUAAAACACUUGUACAAAAAAGUAGAAAACCAAAUAAAAAUGGCCAAGAUGGUUCUGAUGAAUGAAAUUGAUAAACGAACAAAUAUCCUUCUUGAGCAACUUGAAAAAAUCACCAGUGAAAGGAAGCAGAAACUGGAGCAACAACUGCAAGGUGUUGUGGUUUUAGGCAGACAGGUAGAACAUGUUCAGAACUUCAUCAGCUGGGCAGUGUGCAGUAAAAGCAGCAUCCCAUUUCUCUUCAGUAAAGAACUGAUUGUAUUUCAGAUCCAGCGCUUGUUAGAGACAAACUGUAACACAGACGUAGGCCCUCCUCUGAAGAUCAGAUUUGCCUGGGAUCCUUCCUACUGGACUAAACAACUAUCCAAUAUGGGAGGUUUCACAAUGGAAGGUGGACACAUUUCUCACUCAGAUAUGUUACUCUGUGGAAAUGUUCAAGGGUUCCAAACCUCUCUGUAUCAUGGGCACCAUUCAUCAGCACCACAGCUGGAGCCUGUGAAUAACCAGGCACAUCCGUUUCCACCUGCAGUUCAGUGUUCUGCACCCGUGUGUUGCUCACACUGCCUCAGCAUUCCACACCCAAACAAGGCUCAACCUCCUUACCAAGACGUAAACCACCACAAAAAUUUUCGGCAAGCUCCCGAAAUGCACCAGCAGCACUUUCCUCUGCAGUACAACCUGCAGCAGCAGCAACACGACAAAGAGCAAAGGGGUGCCCCCCAGCCUGUGAAGCUGACACCGCCUGGGCUGGAACAGCAGUCACAGUCAGAGCUGGAGAAUGCAUCUGGGAGGAUGGGGAAGCACUUACCACCCCAGCAGCUGCAGCAAACUGCACCCCUGGGUUAUGCUGUUGCAUCACACGAAGCCCAGCAAGUUCACCCGAGCCAUCCGCAGCCGUUCCGCACUCAGGCUCCUCUGCAGACAGCGGCUGGGCAAGUGCAACUCGGUCACCUCCAGAAGAUAAAAUCCAACCCCUUGCUGCAGCCACCCCCACAGCAGCAGCAGCUGCCUCUACCAUCACCGUCACCACCAUCAGGUCAGAGUGAGAGCACUCACAAGCAAGUCAUCCAACAGAGCCUGGACAUCAUGCACCACCAGUUUGAACUGGAAGAGAUGAAAAAGGAUCUGGAACUUCUUCUGCAGGCCCAGGGACAGUCCAGCUUGCAGCUGAAUCAAGCCAAACCACCUCAGCACGUUCAACAGACCAUAGUUGGUCAAAUCAACUACAUAGUAAGGCAGCCAGCCCCAGCACAGCAACAGAGCCAGGAUGAAGCACAUGUCUCUGAGAGCUUUACAGAACCUGAUGCCCAGAAGCCUGUCAUUCCUCUUGACAAAAGGGAUAGUCCCUCCCUGUCACAGCCACUAGAUGAAGAAGCCAGUGUCAGCAGUCACUCCCCUGCAAGCACACUCCAGCAAUCAGCUUUCCAUCCAGUCAGAAAGCAUUCAACAUCCUUAAGCACUGUGGGCUUUUCAAACGGUUUGGAAAUGGAACUACCUCCAACAAGGUUUUCUAGCUCUGCUGAUCCACAGAUGAAAGGUGCAGCUGCUGUAACACUUGGCUCGUCCCCAAAUGCCCUUUGUGACUGUGAUGCUCCGCCAGAGUCAGUGCCCAGCUACAGCCUGGCUUUGGGCAGGGCUCCAAAUGACCUGAGCCCUGGGAAUCCAGCUGGCUUCUCACCAGGUGAUGCACUCCAGGGCAGCACCAAAUGCAAGCUGGAAAAUGAAGACUUCAGUACUGUAGAUUGUCUUCUGGAAAACAGCUUGGCUACUGCUGGGCAAGAUGUAGUUAAUGAAUUAACUCUUUCUAUGCAAAAAGUGAUGGAAGAACCUAUUAAUCUUUCAAUCAAAAAAUCUCAACAUUGCACUUCUCCUUCUGAACUGCUCGGCAACACUGUUUUCCUGCCUGUGAAUGCCAGAAUGAGACAACUUAGAAGCGAAGAAGAUUCCAAUGACUGGGAAAAGGAACAUUUUGAAAUGGAUAUGAAAAGCAAUCAGAAUGUCAGAGCUGGCCCUAAGGAGCAGAAGAUUCCCUUUGUGCGACUGGAACGUUUGAAAAUAUGUGCGUCGGAAGUGGGGGAGCUGCCGGUGUUUAAGCUCCAGCCACAGGACAAUGAGCAGGAGGGCAAUUUCCUCCUGGUAAUUGAAUGUGGGACCCGGUCUUCAAGUAUGUCUAUAAAGAUAAAUAAAGAUAGUCCACCUGAAGGACUGCAGUCCAAAGAGAAGAACUCAGAGGACAGAAAAUUUGUCACAUCCCAGGCUGCAGGACAGAUACAAUCUCCCCCUGUAGAUACACUGUCUGUUGAUCAGAAGCUCAGCAAUGGCGUCUCCAGCAUGAAAAAAUCUCCAGUUACUCAGGAAGUCAGUCCAAUUGAAAAUGAGGAUUUCUGUGCUGUGUGUCUUAAUGGAGGAGAACUGUUGUGCUGUGAUCACUGCCCCAAGGUCUUCCAUCUCUCCUGCCAUGUUCCAGCCCUGCUCAGCUUUCCAGUGGGAGAGUGGGUGUGCACCCUUUGCCGUAAUCCAGUGAAGCCCGAGGUAGAAUAUGACUGUGAAAACACACGCUACAGCCACAGCUAUAAUGUACAAUAUGGCCUUGAUGACUGUGACCAGAAGAAGUGUGAGAAGCUGGUGCUUUCCCUGUUCUGCAGUAGUAUGAGCCUCCCAUUCCAUGAACCUGUCAGUCCCCUGGCUCGGCAUUACUAUCAGAUCAUCAAAAGGCCAAUGGAUUUGUCAACCAUACGAAAAAAGCUGCAGAAAAAGGACAAAUCCCACUAUGCUGCACCUGAGGAGCUUGUGACUGAUGUGCGUCUCAUGUUUUGGAACUGCGCAAAGUUCAAUUAUCCAGAUUCAGAGGUUGCUGAGGCUGGACGAUGCCUAGAUGAAUUCUUUGAGGACAAACUGAAGGAGAUUUAUCCAGAUAGGCGUUUUCCUUUGAUGCAACAAGACGACUCUGAUUCUGAAGAAGUGGAGAGUCAGAACAGCAAAAUGCCUCCCCAGGAUUUUCAGUGGCCCUCAUAUGGACAGGAGUGCAUUCAGCCCAAAAGGAAACGGCGCCACAGGAAAGUGAAAAAAAAUAAAAGAAUGAUGUUUCAGCCAGCUAACAGCCUUCUUCAGGUACGACCUCCUCAAGGGAUGAGAUUUGCUAUGAGGAAUCCAGCAGCAUAACUGACAGAGUUAAGGUGUGUGGGAGGAAAGCAAAGUGCUCGGGUUGUUUAUUUAAACUCUCCUAUUCUGCUGACCAUAUGCCUUAUUUCUAGUUCUUGUGGAUAGAUAACAGAUCCAGAAUGUUUGAACCUGUCAAUAUUCAAUCUGUUAAAUUACGUACAUGUUUUACAGUGUUUACACUGAAGUACUAAUGUUUUGGUCAUAGUUAAUGAUGAAUAAUAAUAAAAAUAACAUAAAAAUAAUAUCUAAUACUGCAGUACUGUUUUAUAAUCUGCUCAAUGUGACAUCUCUAUUUUAUAGAUCACAGGUAACCAUGUAAUAAUCUUGCAACCUCAGUGUGAAUGUUGGCCAUGCUUCGUAGUAAAUACAUGUAGUCAUUAAGGCUGUACUCCUGUUGUCUUAUUCAAUGAUUUUUCUGGGAGCUUGACUGCUCAAAGCCUACGAUAUACAGUAUAAUGUGAUUAUCUGAUUAACUGUUUCUUUUGAAGCAGAGCAUUUUUAUUAAAUCAUGAAAGAGCAAGUGCUAAUAAGUGCUAAUGCUAGGGCUCUGUGUGAGCUGUUUCUGAGUGCAUACUGGAUUCUCUGUUUGCAAGGCGUGAUUCUUCUGGAAUCUAAUUCAUGCUUGGUAAAGCAGUGUGGGAUUUCCUGGGUCUCGAAGGUAGCAUUUUUAUACAACACAAGCCAGUUGUUUUUCUAUAAAGCAGAUGUUGGAAUUCAGUAAAUUAACUGUGCAGUGAAUUACAUGGUUAUAGAAGUGCCUAUAAAAUGAUGUCAUAUAUUUCUGAUUUUCUCUUUGCUUAUUUCUUGUAGUUGUGAUAACCGGCAGUACUAGAAGAUGAUGAUAAUGUAUAUAUGUAGAAGCUCAAACAGAAUGAAGGAACAUCUAAACUGGGGUUUUUUUUGCUAAAUUUCACAAUAUGUUGGUAGAACAUCACCAGGAGCAAAUUUAGAGUUCACUUGAAGAAAGGUUGCAUGAAAUUGUAAAGUCUUAAGGGUGGGAUAGGUAACAUGACAUCACACCUGAACAGAGAGUGAUAAGGUUGCAAAUUGCUUCCCACCUCUUCCAGAAGCAGGUGAGCCACAUUUUUGCAUGGCCAAUGCUUUCUUCAUGUGUGUGGGGGGUAUCUUCCUCCUUGAAACUCCGCCUAAUCUGGGCUGAGGUCCAACUCUGAGAGAGGAAGUUGUUGCAGAUCUCAAAAGCAAUUAAAGUUCAUUUUAAUUAGGUUCGUAUAAAUAAAGAUGAUAUUUUUAGCAUAGUUUAUAUGGGCUAUUUGGUCUGCUAACCAUGUAUGUUAUUUUAGAUAACACUUUAAAGCAAAGGUUUAUAUAUGAAAUAAUAAGACAUGAAUGUUAUAUUCUACUCUGUGUUACUUGCUGUUUGUUGUUAAUGGUAGUGAGCCAAUGUUUUCUUUUCUUUGAAGAAAUGAAAAUCUGGAUAUUAUAAACUGACUAGAAAACUGUGAGAUGAAGAGACAGCCUUUACGUUUUCUAUAUAUGAAUUCCUAUAUGUUUGCUUUCUGUCUCCUGUUCUCAAAACAGUGUCUUGGCACAGGGAAAUGAGUGCAGGUUUGUCACUGAAUUAAUCACCCUUAUCUGUGCUACAGGUGUCACUUUUUCUCAGUUCUCCACCAAAGAUCUAUCUGUUUUUUACCAUUAAUAGUGCAAAAAUGAUCUGCUAUCUAGCUUUCAUCUAGUGGUAGAAAUGGGAGAGGCUAUUGACAACUUCCUCUCUUCCUGGAAGAGCAGAAUCAGCAAGAGCCUCCUUAUGUUUCUUAAAGGCUGUAAGUUUGUUAACCUUACCAUUAGUUUUGGAGAACAUGUGUUUAUAAUAAAAUUCAUAAGGAUAUAUUAUGUUUUCUUUAAAAAUAGAAGUUUACGAGUUUGUCACCAAAUAUAAGAUAUCCUCUGUGUGUAUGCUGGCAGGACUCUAUGAUCUAAGCACUCUAAGGCUAACUUUGAUUUGGAUUGCUUCACUAAGACGUAGUAAUUUAAACCAACCCUAUAAACUUCAUGUCAUGUUGAUAAGCAGAAAAAAACCUGAACUCAUACAUAUGACUUGCAAAUACAAUUCUGUGAGUCACCAACUUCUCAACAUAGUGCAUGCCAUAAGAACAACCUUAUCCAUCUUGGAUGUUGCCUUAAAAUUGCUGACUUGUGGUGUUCCCACUGUUGGACACCAUACCACCAGUGCCCAUAAAUUCUUGGGGAGUUUACUCUGUCAAAGUCCUGUUGCAAACUGGUAACAGC